CUGUGAGACAAAUCAGCUGCAUGUUGAAGUCUCAAGAAAGUCAACAAAAAGAAAUUAGUGAACUGUACAGCUGAAAAGAAGGACUAUCUGGUACAGACAAGUCCUGAGCUGAGAUCCUUCUCACUUCUCUGCUUCUGAACCCCUUGUGAAGAAGGAGCGGGAGGGGAACUCCAGGAGUAAGAGUAUCAGAAGUACCAGAGCACAGUGUCACGGCUGCUGUUCACCUCCCAUGCUGCUGUAGCUGGAGGACUCUUCUCCAGGCCGAUGACUGGCUGUGGGUGACUAAGUCAGAAUGUGGAGCAUUGAUGAGAGAGAAAUGAUGGCAGAAGGGAGAGAAUGACAAAAGGAUGACAAAAAAGAGCAUUUGAGGGAAUCCAGAGGUAUUUCCGUGACAAUUUGUGACUACCUGUCAUUUCCUUUGCCUUCAGUUUCUGCAGUGCUGAUUCAUUUUGCUAAAGAUGGCUCAGACGUGGUCAGUUCUGGCUGCACUCCUUUUCUUGAUUAUCAGCCUGGUUGAAGGGUCAGCUUAUAACAUUGUGAAUGUGGAGGCUGGCCAUGAGGCUGUGUUGACUUGUGCUUCCAUCUCCAAACUGUAUUUGAUGAUGGUGACAUGGGAGAUAAAAUCCAACACUUCCUGCUCUUUGGCCUAUAGAAAUGAUCUCAACAAGACAAGAAAGUUAAACUGCAGUGAGAGGAUGAUGUGGAAAUAUUCACCUGACAGGGACCCUGCUCUUCGUAUUUACCCUGUGGACCUGAGUGAUGAGGGAAAUUACACCUGUGAAAUUGCCAGCGAUAUGGGGAAUUUUCAUUUUUCCUCUUCUCUGUCUGUGAUAGUCCCUCCUACAGUGACUCUGACCUCUGACAAGAGCAGAGUGGCUGUCUGCCAAGCUGCUGCUGGAAAGCCAGCUGCCAAAAUCUCCUGGAUCCCUGCAAGUAAUAACAGCUCUGAGGAAGAAUUCAAACACAGCAAUGGAACAGUGACCAUAGUCAGCUACAUUGGCCGGGUCAACAGCACGCACACCACUGUUACCUGCCUGGUUACCCACCCAGCUAUGAACCAGAAUCUCUCCCUAGAUCUGUCAUACUCUUCCUCCAGGCUUCAUUAUCUCCUGGUGGGACUGCCUGCAAGUGUUGCUGCUAUCAUUGGUGUUGGUGUGCUUUUAUACUUAAUUUUCACAUGCAAAGCUUUCUGCUUACGUAAAUUGGCACAUGGGCCACCAGUACUGACUGUGGUAAACCGAGAACUUCAGGUCCACACCACCACAUAAAAACACACCUGAAGUCAACCCUCAUGUCUUAGAAGAAGAUAUCUAUCAGAAUUAUGCAGCAGGAAAUAAAUUUAUGAACUAUUAACAAUGUAGGCAUAAGUAGUCUAAUACCAGCUCAGCUACUAAUGGUACAGUUGCUUGCACUUGUCCUUGAACUAACAAAUCUCAGAUCUCAUGCACAGCAGGCUAGCAAAGUAGUCACAUACUCAAUGCUGUCCUAGAAAAGCCUUUGUCCUUCCUGACCUGAAAACAGUCAAGGGAGCAACCUGCUUUAGUAAAUGAUUCCUCUCUCCCUGUAAAUAUCAGAACAACUCUCAAAAUAUUUGCAACUUCUAAAGACCGAGCUGGAAAAACACACAUUUGAUUUUUUUUUUUUUUUUUGGAAGAUGGACUCUGAGGCAUGUGUUGUUUUCUCUCAAAU